AUGUGGGCUUCCCUGAGGUUAGCCCUGCGGCCGUGCGCCCGCGCCCUUGUACCCGGGCCGCGCGCUUAUCACGGGGACUCGGUGGCCACCCUGGGUACCCAGCCGGACUCGGGUUCUGCCAUCUACCAGGAAAACUAUGAACAGAUGAAAGUACUUGUAAAUCAGCUCCAUGAACGAGCACAGAAAAUAAGAUUAGGAGGCAGUGAGAAAGCCCGAGAACGCCACGUAUCAAGAGGAAAACUUUUAGCCAGAGAAAGAGUGGACAGUCUUAUAGAUCCAGGGUCUCCAUUUCUGGAAUUUUCCCAGUUUGCAGGUUACCAGUUAUACGCUAAUGAGGAGGUGCCUGCCGGUGGCAUUAUUACAGGCAUUGGGAGAGUAUCAGGAGUAGAAUGUAUAAUUGUUGCCAAUGAUGCCACCAUCAAAGGAGGGACCUACUAUCCCGUGACUGUGAAGAAGCAUUUGCGGGCACAAGAAAUUGCAAUGCAAAACAGGCUCCCCUGCAUCUACUUGGUUGAUUCAGGAGGCGCAAACUUACCUUGGCAAGCAGAAAUAUUUCCAGAUCGAGAUCACUUUGGCCGUAUAUUCUAUAAUCAGGCAAUUAUGUCUUCUCAAAAUAUUGCACAGAUAGCAGUGGUCAUGGGCUCCUGUACGGCAGGUGGUGCUUAUAUGCCUGCAAUGGCUGAUGAAAACAUCAUCGUACGCAAGCAGGGCACCAUUUUCUUGGGAGGACCCCCAUUGGUUAAAGCCGCGACUGGAGAAGAGGUCUCAGCUGAGGAUCUUGGAGGUGCCGAUCUGCACUGCAGAAAGUCUGGAGUAUCCGACUACUAUGCUUUGGAUGAUACUCAUGCCCUUCACAUAACUAGGAAGAUUGUGAGGAAUCUAAAUUAUCAGAAGAAAUUGGAUGUUUCCAUUGAGCCUUCUGAAGAUCCUUUGUUUCCUGCUGAUGAAUUGUAUGGAAUAGUUGGCACUAACCUUAAGAGGAACUUUGAUAUCCGAGAGGUCAUUGCUAGAAUCGUGGAUGGAAGCAGAUUCAAUGAGUUCAAAGCCUUAUAUGGAGACACAUUAGUUACAGGAUUUGCUAGAAUAUUUGGAUACCCUAUAGGUAUCAUUGGAAAUAACGGAGUUCUCUUUUCUGAAUCUGCAAAAAAGGGGGCUCACUUCAUCCAGUUAUGCUGCCAAAGGAGUAUUCCUCUGCUGUUCCUUCAAAACAUUACCGGAUUUAUGGUUGGUAGAGACUAUGAGGCGGAAGGAAUUGCCAAGGAUGGUGCCAAGAUGGUGGCUGCUGUAGCCUGUGCCAAUGUGCCUAAGAUAACUGUCAUCAUUGGGGGAUCUUAUGGGGCUGGAAACUAUGGGAUGUGUGGCAGAGCAUAUAGCCCAAGAUUCCUCUACCUGUGGCCAAACGCUCGUGUCUCAGUGAUGGGAGGAGAGCAGGCAGCCAAUGUGUUGGCCACAGUAGCAAAGGACCAAAGAGCACGUGAAGGGAAACAAUUCUCCAGUGCGGAUGAAGCAGCUUUAAAAGAGCCAAUCAUUAAGAAGUUUGAAGAGGAAGGAAACCCUUACUAUUCCAGUGCAAGGCUGUGGGAUGAUGGGAUUAUUGAUCCCGUGGACACCAGACUGGUCCUGGGUCUCAGUAUUAGUGCAGCCCUCAAUGCACCAAUCCAGAAGACUGACUUCAGCAUCUUGAGGAUGUAA